AUGACAUCUACUUCUAAAUAAUUAGUAUUUCCUCCAAUUGGAAAACAUAUAGAAGAUCUAUAGAAUCAAUUAAAAGAGUCAGUUCAAUAAUAUAAAUCAGAUAGAUAUAACGAAUAUAAAGAAAUUAAGAAUAAGAAAUUGAAAGAAAUUAAUGAGCAAAAUAAGUACAAGAUCUUUCAUAGGAAAAUUUUCAAUUCUUAGAGUAAACAAUUUGGAGGAAUAUUUGAGAAGGAGAGGGACAUUUAUUUAUGCAAAGAACCCUUGUUGAAUGAUUAUCUGAAAUAUCACAUUAUAGAGCCAUAAAGAAAUUUAGAAAAAGGGCUUAUUGAGAUUAAAACCGGCACAAAAGAAUUUUGUGAUGGCAGUUGUUUUGGAGAAGUUCCAUUAUAAAAAUUAGGAGAAAAGGAAAGAAAAUUAAGGGAAUGCUGGUUGAAAGAGAGGGAAAGAUAAGCAAAGCUGAAGUUUAAGGCAUUAAUCGAUUCGCAAACAGGAGUAUAAAAAAAAUUAAAUCAAUCAAAAAGAUUAAAAGAAUUAAAAGUCUUUAUUCCAAAUAAAUUCUCUCUCGAUCUAUUCGACGAACACCCAUCAUAAAUAUUAGCAUUAACUCAAUUACAUUAACAUUCAAAAACUAUGAAAUGGAAACCAAAUAAGUUUUAUGGAGAAGUAUUUGAUAAUAGUUUCUGCAAAUUAUCGGAUGAAGACAAAUCUAUAUUAAAGGAUAUUGAAAAAGCAGAUUAGUAAUAAUGA